AUGUCAAGCGGGGAGAAGAAAGCCUGUGACAGUGCUGGCGCGCGUCCGAGGCUGGAUCCGAAUCCCACAUGGGAUGACACCAAGAACCCAGCAGGAAGAGAAGUCAUCGAUGUCAGUGGUGAGGACAGUACUUCCUCUGGAACAGAAGGGCAAGAGGCCAGGAAGAAAAUAAAGAAUUUAUUUGAAGAAUUUGAAGAGCCCAAUAAGAACUUUCUUCAGGGCAACAGCGAAAGAUUCACAGCGAUCAUCACGGAGUCUUUCGAAACCUUGGAGAUGAAAUUUGAGGAUGUUCUAAAAAUCCAGGGCGAGCGAAGGCAGAAACUUUAUCAAGAAUAUUCUCUUCAGAUGAAGACUUUGAAAAGAAAGUUAUCCGAGGAUGCAGCUGAAGUCAAGAAACAUGCAAAAAAACUCGCUAAUAUCUUCAAGGAGCAGCAAAAAUUUAUUCAUCAGUCUCUGGGUAUUCAGAAGAAGAGAAUGGAAGAAUUUAAAGAUCUGUGUGAACAGUACUUGGAGAAACUUGUAAUACUGAGGGAUUCUCGGGGAGAUUCCCUCGUUGAAGAGCUGAGACGUCUGAUAGCCACCUUGGAAAUAAAACUUCUGAUGCUGAAUCGCCAGCAAGAGAAUGCUGCUGGUCAACUGUCUCUCCUGGAUCUGUUAUUCUCAUAA